ACGUCACUUGGAUCGAGUUGAGGUUAUGUUUGUCUUCGUAUUUAUUUAUUGUUUUUAUAAAUAAUGACCAACUUUACAACAGACGGGAAAAUCUGCAUUGAAAGAGAAAUUGAAGUAACAAAUAGCGAUGGACAUAUCGACGAUGUGGUGUCGCAGUUUGACAUCAUUCCAACAUGCAAAUGGAUUGAGGACAACAAAUAUGAAAGGGUAUGCCUGCAGUUCCCAGAUGACUUACUGGGUGUCAGCGUUAAGAUUUAUGAGGAAAUAAAGAACAGAGUUGAUGUUGACUUGUACAUUCUCGGGGACACGUCAUACGCAAGUUGUUGCGUAGACACCGUAGCAGCCAUGCAUGUGAAGGGUGACGCCAUCAUCCACUACGGCCACAGCUGCUUCUCCAAGUGGAACAUUCCCGUGUUCACUGUGCUGCCUAAAAAGAGUCUCAAUGUGGAUGCUGCAUUGACAAUGCUGAAGGGAAACUCCAGCUGUGAUGAUGAGAAACUCUGUUUAUUUUAUGAUGCAGAGUUUUAUCACUGUAAAGAAACCCUGGCAAAAGCCUGGUUCACACAGUACCCCGGCCACUACAUAGCUGACAUCUCUAUAGAGGAGCAGGACCAUAGGUUUCUGGGCAGAGUGGUCAGGGAUGGAAGCGGCCAGGUGCAUGCUGAUGUCCUUAAGGAUUGUGUCUGCAUCUACAUGGGCUCUAAAGGACAAACACUCUUUAACUAUACAAUAUCUGUUGCAGCAAAAGAAUGGUACCUCCUGGACCCUGGCAUAACGCUGUCCCGCAUGGACGAAACCACCUGGUUCAAGCGUCGCCGCUUCCUCGUCGAGAAGUGUAAAGAUGCCACAGUGAUAGGCAUCCUCGUCUGCCAACUGGGAGCCAACACCAAGGAUAUCAUCACAAGGUUAAAGCAGCUGUGCAAAGUUAAUGGGAAGAAAAGUUAUAUUGUGUCAGUUGGCAAGCCCAAUGUUGCUAAGCUGGCUAAUUUUCCUGAGAUUGACAUCUACGUAAUGGUUGCCUGCCCUGAAAACGAUCUCUACAGCAACCGUGACUUCUACAAGCCCAUAGUGUACCCAUUCGAGCUGGAGGUAGCUUUAAACUCCAACCGAGAGCCCUACUCCACCACCCAUGUCACCGACUAUGGAGACCUACUCCCCGGCAGGAAAUACUACUGUGAUAUUGACCAUGUAAAAGAAUUAACCGAUGUGAGCUUAAUAACAGGAAAAAUCCGAGAGACUAAAGUAAACCAUGACGGAAACGGCAUGGAAUUAGAAGCUAAGACCAAUUGGGCAUUAGAAGAUAUUGGACAGAAUUUACAAGAGCGCUCCUGGCAAGGCUUGGAGCAGAAACUAGGAGAGACUGAAGUGAAAUUAGCAGAACAGGGAAGGAAAGGCAUACCUUUGCAGUACAGUAAUGAGCCUGAGUAAUUUGUAAUCGAUAUAUUUCUUAUUUACAGUACAAAGGGUUUUAGUCUAUAGACUUUUUAAUAAAUAAUGUGAAUGAGA